AUGCCAGGAGCAGCAACGGCCGCCUCGACAGGCGCCGGCGCUGCCGGAACAGCAGCAGCGACUCGGCGUACCUCUCCAGUGGAAAGGCAGCUGAAAAUCUUGAACCUUACAUUAGAGGAGAAGGUGGGGCUGUACGGAGAGGAGUUAAAGCUUAUUGAAGACGCUAACGAGCGUCUGGGGAAGUGCAUGAAGGACAUCGAAGAACACAAACAGUCCCAGGAAGAGAAGCGCCGUGGGGUGAAAGAGGCAGAAUUCGCAUUGAAAAAUAUACGGGAGGCGAUGCAACGUGUCACCUUGGAUGAAGGCCCCUUAAAUAAUGCACAGACUAGACUACAACAUUGGCAAAGGGAGUUUGUACAAGUGUCUCAGAGGGUCUCGCGUCUCGAGGGCGAUCUGGGAUUCAUGGCGUGGGAUCCAGCACAAGACACAGCAGCGCUUAUUUUGUAUGCAGACACCUUCCGGAGGCGAGCUGCUCGGGCAGUAGCUGCUGCGCAGAGAGUGCUGCAGCAGCGCCGCCACACGCAGACAAGCAUGUCCCCAGUUGACACGGGGAGGGUGAUGCAGAUGGCUAGCUGGCACAUGGAGCAGUUGCGCAUUGCGAAUGAACGGCUGAAGAGGCAGGCGGGCCCUGUACGGUCAGAUGGUCGUAUAACGGAUCUCCUUAGAGAUGCUGCUGUGUUCGUCGAUAUGCUUAAGAACACAAAUAUGCUCGGCGAGGCAGAACUCAUCCAACAGGCUGUAGACGGAUUACAGGCUACGUUGUGGCGCUCCGGUGGGCCUGAAGCAGCAUCAGUAGCAACUGCAGCAGAGCAGGAUAGAGGAGCAAGGACGAAAGUUAAAAAGACAGUCUCCUUCUCAGUAGCCCCCGCAGGAGGGCCUCGGCUGCCCAUGAGGGCUUCCUCUGUCCGGGAGACCCAGCACCGCGAACAGCCCUUCCAGGAGUCUCACGAUCCUCGGCGUCACAGGCGCUGGGGGGUUAUUGCGCAGCCGGCCGCGAGACAGACAAUUCAGUUUGGUGGGGAUUCUACUUCUGGGCAGCCUGGUCCGGCGCAGCGUCCCGCGACGCAAGUAGGAGUACCACCAGCACCAGCAGGAGUAGCACCAGUACCACCAAGAGGACCAAAAGAAGCAGCACCAGGAGUAGCACCACCAGGAGCAUCACCAAGAGUAGCACCAAGGGCAGCAGCACCAGGAGUUGCACCAGGAGUCGCACCAGGAGCAGCACCAGGAGUAGCACCAGGAGCAGCAUCACGAGCAGCACCAGGAGUAGCACCAGGAGCAGCACUAGGAGCUCGACCAGGAGUAGCACCAGGAGUAGCACCAGGUGUAGCAGCGGGAGCAGCAGCAGCAGCACGAGGAUCAGCAGCACCAGGACCGGCUCUGCCUCAGCUCCCUCCUAAGCUUCGUUUGAGGAGAACGGUCUUGGGAAGGGAGGAGGAGGUGCAGUCAAGCAUGGAGAGUUUGCCUGGUGCAGGAGCACCAACAACAUCAGCAGAAGCCGGUGCUCCUCCGAUCCCGCCUAAGGCUACUACGCAGAAGAGAAGAGAAGAGGUGCAGUCAAGCAUGGAGAGUCUGCCUGGUGCAGCAGCACCAAGAAGAGAUGCUACUGCUGAGGGUGCUGCUUCGGGUGCUGCUGCAGAAGAUGACGUUCCAACUAGGGCAUAUUCUCCGGAGGGCGUGGCCAGCUUGGAUCUCGCCAUGCAGAGGGUAAUUGUAAAACUGUCGGACAGCUGGUAUUCCGUGCUGGGGGCGCUCCCUGGGACAUCACCAGAGCAGAACUGGGAGGUUGCAGAUGCGGUGCUGCGGCAAGCAGCAAGAGAUGUAUCGGAAGCACAAAGUGUUACUUUGCAUCGGGCUUUGAGCAGGAAUACGGUAUCUGUUUUCAGAGAUACUCUCGAGAAAUGCAAGGAUGGCGUCCAAGCCCUGCUAGAGGCCAUAGAAGGACACUGGAUGAGAAGAAUCCAUGCUGACUCAGAAAGACUUAAGAAAAAGGCCGCUGCUCUGCAACAACAAAUGGAGACUCGCGCCCCCACGGUGGCUCCUGACGUAGAUACGCUGCUCUUUUCGCUGACUCAGCUGAAGAUGGAAGUCGACAGAGUAAGCGGACAUCUCGAACAUUUCAAAGACGUUGUGCAAGUGGCUGCACGUGUCCCGCCUCGACUAAGCGCAGAGAUUUCUGCCCUCUGGGAUCAGGCGAACAAGGCCAUCGAAGAUAUCCGAAGAGCUGGAGAGAGUUGCACCUACCGCUGGAUUAGCUGGAUUCAAAGGGGGUGGAAGGAUUUUGAUGAUAUGGCAACAACGAGCAAGCACUCGGAUGAGCUGGAUAAAAAGCGCAGAUCGGACUUCAUGUCUGUCAUCGAUCGCACAGCAGAGGCAGCGCAAAGCCUCCAGCAAACCUUUGGCGAUUACGCCGCUCUUCAAGUGCUGUUUCAACUUGUGGAAGAAGGCAAAAAAAGCUUAGCUGGAGCAGACAAGCAGGAGGAGGCGGGGGAAGAGCAGCAGUAG